AUGGCAUCGAAACCUCAACUGAAACAAAAUGCGGCGGAGGAUGGACAAGAUUUUCCCCGUACCCACAAGUGCAGCUAUUGUGAAAAGGAGUUUCGCCGCAAAAGUAAGCUCGAUCGACAUCUGCGAACGCAUACCGGUGAGAAACCGUACAACUGUGAACAUUGCAACAAAGGCUUCAGUCAGUCAACUCAGCUGAAGACUCACAUGCGGACUCAUACGGGGGAAAACCCGUACAGGUGUGAGGAGUGCAGCAAGCAGUUCAGUACAUUGUCAAAUCUAAAGAGUCACAUGAGAACCCACACAGGUGAGAAACCGUACAAGUGUAAGACAUGCUGCAAGCAGUUCAGUAAUCUUUGUAACAUGAAAACACACAUGAGAACUCACACUGGGGAGAUACCGUACAAGUGUAAACAUUGCAACAAAGGCUUCAGUCAGUCACCUCACCUGAAGGCUCACAUACGGACUCAUACAGGGGAAAACCCGUACAGAUGUGAGCAGUGCAGCAAACAGUUUAGUGCACUGUCAGAUCUAAAGAAACACAUGCGGACCCACACUGGCGAGAAACCAGGCACAUGCGGACUCACACCGUACAAGUGCCAGGUGUGCAGCAGACAGUUCAGACAGCUGGGUACUCUAAACAGACACAUGCGGACUUACACCGUUGAGAAACCGUACAGAUGUGAGGCAUGCUGGAAGCAGUUCCGUGAGCUGGGAAAUCUAAAGGAACGCAUCCGGGCUCACACUGGUUAG